CUCUGAGACACAGAGCAGCAAAAUUCCAUCAACAGUGAAAGUUUAUACUGCAGAUAGAAGAACGAGAAGGUGUUGACAUGAAGUUCGGGUUGCUGGUGGUUUUGGCCGUGGCGGUUCUGGUCCCCAGCCUGUCCGAGGGCCGGAAAGUCUCCAGAUGCGAGCUGAAAAAAUUGCUCGGGGAAGCCAUCAACCUGCCCAGACGCAUUAAGGACAAAAUCCUGGCAAGGGUUAUUUGUAACUUGGAAGCAAGGUCCCAUCUGUACACCAACGGGUAUGGCAAACGCAGAACUACAACAACCAGACCAACAACUGCAGUCACAAUUCUCUCAACAUCAAUGACCACCAAGCCAACAACCAUUGAGCAAACAACCACCGAAACAACGAGCACCGAGCCAACAACCACCGAAACAACAACCAUUGAGCAAACAACCACCGAAACAACGAGCACCGAGCCAACAACCACCGAAACAACAACCAUUGAGCAAACAACCAGCGAGCCAACGACCACCGAAACAACAACCAUUGAGCAAACAACCACCGAGCCAACGACCACCGAAACAACAGCCAUUGAGCAAACAACCAGCGAGCCAACGACCACCGAAACAACAGCCAUUGAGCAAACAACCAGCGAGCCAACGACCACCGAAACAACAGCUAGAGUAAUGAGACGAAAGCGUGAGUCUGACAUGACCAGUGAGGAGCGUGACACAGCAGAGCUGGAGAAAGUGUUGAACAUGAUAGAAGAAAGCGAGGACGGCGGGAUGAGCGAUGAAGAUGGAGAGAGUGAAUCGGACGGAGAGAGUGAAUCGGACGGAGAGAGCGAAUCAGACGAAGAGAGUGCUUCGGGCGAAGAGAGUGCUUCGGGCGAAGAGAGUGAUUUGGGCAAGGUGAUGGAGGAUCCUCCACUCCACUCCACUUUGUCCUCCACUCUCUUUGAGGACGAAGAGAGUGAUUUGGACGAAGAGAAGCAGGAUGACAUCAGCGGUGAGAACGAAGAGAGCAAUGAGGGCGAUAGUAAAGAGGAAGACGAGGAUGAAGAGGUCGAGGAAGGUGAGAAACGUAAGAAGCGCCACGCCCGUCAGUGGAAGCCCAAAAAGAAGAGGAGAUUCGGCUUGUACGGGCUCUUCCAGCUGUCUGACCUGUAUCACUGUAAGUCGGAUAGAGGCUGGUCUUUUAACGUGUGCCAGACAGCCUGCAAACAAUCCUUCACCGAUGACGACAUAAUGGAUGACAUUGACUGCUUUGUGAGGUCUCGUUCCUGGAUAACUGUGUUGAGGAAAUCCCUUCCCCAGUGUAAAAGACUCAACCUCCACAAUUUCUUUGGACACUGUAAAUGAGCAGCGGGCACAUUUUCUACAUGCAGGAUGUCACACCAACAUGUUUAUCUCCCAGACAUUGUGAAGCAUUUUACAUUUUCUCACAAAUUAAUCUGUGAUAUUUCUUUGACAAAGUCAUUUGUUUUCGUUUGUGGCUGAAUUCGCCUCAAAACAUCACCAGUGAUGAGAGUUGAACUGUAUCUCAAUACUUUCAAUAGUUUUGAUGAUAUUGUUGCAUCACUUUAAUCUACCGUAAAAAAAUAUUUGGUGAGUAGAAAUACAAAAAAAUAUGAUUCUUGUAUCUUUUGCUAUAUCUUACAAUAAAGAUGUUUUUCUGCA